CAAUACCUAGUACCAUUUCUAAACAAAGUUUUCUACUCUUUUUUUUACUCAACAAUUCAGAGCCUCAAGUUCAGCCUCAAACUUCCACCAUAAUAAAGUUUUGAACAGCCUCAAGCCCUCGAGUGUUUCUCACUUUUCUUUAGUUUGAGCAGUGAAAGAAGCAGCCAUGGAAGCUCUGAAAGCUUCCUCUUUUCCUUCACUUCACAUAAAUACCAUACUUCAUAAAACCCAAUUCAGAAGGCCCAUGUUCUUGAAUUUUCAUUUCAUUCCAAUUCCCAGUUCAUCUUUCUCGUUAUUCCACAAAAAACAAUCAAAAUUCAAGGCUUUUACCACCAUAUCAUCCACGGUUUCAACAGAACCCACAAACCCACCUGAGCCAGUGCUUGAAACUCACAGUCAAGGUGAGAAAUUUGAUUGGUAUUCACAAUGGUACCCAGUUAUGCCAGUCUGUGACCUGGACAAGAGGAGGCCACAUGGAAAAAAAGUGAUAGGUCUUGAUGUGGUUGUGUGGUGGGAUAGGAAUGAGGAAGUUUGGAAAGUGUUUGAUGAUAGGUGUCCUCAUAGGUUGGCCCCAUUGUCUGAAGGAAGGAUUGAUCAGUGGGGUAGGUUGCAGUGUGUGUACCAUGGUUGGUGUUUUAAUGGUUCUGGCGACUGCAAGUUCAUCCCUCAAGCACCUCCUGAAGGCCCUCCGGUGCACACAGUCAAGAAAGCAUGUGUAGCUGUUUAUCCAAGUACUGUGCAGAACAACAUCGUUUGGUUUUGGCCGAACUCAGAUCCUCAAUACAAAGAUAUUCUUAUGGAGAAAAAACCCCCCUACAUCUCAGAAAUAGAUGAUCCUUCAUUUACUAACUCAAUGGGAAAUAGAGAUAUUCCUUAUGGAUAUGAGGUAUUGGUGGAGAAUCUUAUGGACCCUGCUCAUGUUCCAUAUGCUCAUCAUGGAAUAAUGCAAACUCGACGACCAAAAGACAGUGUGAAGGCUGAUAGAGAGGGGGGCAGACCGCUUGAACUGAUAAUUGAAAAGUUAGACAUCAAUGGGUUCAAAGCAGAUCAGGGAUGGAGCAAUAGCAAAUUUCUUCCCCCAUGUGUGUUUUAUGCGUAUACUAAGCCUGUGAAUCAAGCUAAUGGAUCUGAAUCGUCAGUGGGAACCAAAAAGGAAACAUCAGUGCAACGGAGUUUCACUUUAAUUUUCAUUUGUAUUCCAGUUAGUCCAGGGAAUAGCAGAUUGAUAUGGACCUUCCCAAGAAACUUUGGUGUUUGGAUUGAUAAAGUCGUGCCACGAUGGAUGUUUCAUGUGGGACAAAACCUGAUUCUAGACUCUGAUUUAUAUCUUCUUCACAUAGAGGAGCGUAAGAUAAUGGAUGUAGGUAAUGCCAAUUGGCAUAAAGCUUGUUUUGUGCCAACAAAGUCAGAUGCCCUUGUGAUUGGAUUUAGAAAAUGGCUAAACAAGUAUGCUGGUGGUCAAGUUGAUUGGAGAGGCAAGUACAGUGGGGCUCUUCCCCCAACUCCUCCUAAAGAACAGCUGAUGGAUAGGUACUGGUCACAUGUGGUGAACUGCCGAAGUUGCAACAUUGCAUACAAAGGUCUCAAUGCACUUGAAGUUGUCCUCCAAGUUGUCUCUAUUGUUUCAAUUGGGAUUGCUGCUGCAGCCAAGCAGGGUGCAAUUUCAGCAGUUGCGAGAACCACAAUGGUUUUGCUGGCAGUACUAUUUUAUGCAUCUUCCAGAUUGUUGGCUCACUUCAUCUACAAAAACUUCCAUUACCACGGCUAUGAUCAUGCUUUUCGCUGAUGCUAGUCUAACUUAAUAUGCAGACUUAAAACACCAUUUCUGGUGGUGUAAAUGUGGCAUCGGCAUAAAUGUAUGUACAGUAAAGGUUAAUGAAACUGGCAUAAAGAAAAAUCACUCUUUCGGUGUUUUUGUGUUUA